AUGGCGGUGUGCUUUGAAGGUGACCCAAGCUCGGUGCACGAAACCGCUCAGUACAAGUAUGUCGGUGAGAACCGUGGUGCCUACUCCCAGGCCUCUCAAGUGCAGUACGUUGGUGCCGGACGUGGCAACCUCGAAGAAGUGAAGACGAGCCGAAGCGCUUGGAGGUUCAGGGGAGAAUGCAUCGCCAUCCUUGCAGCGCUGCUGCUCUUCGCCUUCGGCUUGCUGUUGUGGCGGCUCUUCUUCUGGGAUGCGGUUCCAGUUGGAGCGGACGACACAGCACCACCAGUGCCGAGCUACGAUCGAUUCGACUGCUACGGAGGCUACCACGAUUGGAUGCACAUGUGGGGAGAGCAGCAGCAGAAAUACUGCUGCAUGCACUUUGGCCGGGCUUGCCCUCUGCAUGCAAAGCCACCGAAGGUGAUCUAUCACCAUGUGCCCGUGUAUGGCCAGCCUGAGACCAGGGUCGUGCAUGUACCUGUGCCGGCUCCGGCGCGCAGUCAUGUGGUCUACCAUUACGUUCACGAGCAACCACGCCAACCACGCUUCCGCUACAACUGCAACGAGGGCUUCUCGAACUGGUACUUCGGCUGGUCGGACCACAAGAAGGGAUGGUGCUGCUCUCACCAGAAUCUCGGUUGCCCCGGCACCUGGCAUGGAAGCUACCAUCUGAGCAAGCACGUGAUGCACGGCAUUGGCCAUGCUGUAGGGCACAUCUAUGACUGCGAAGCCGGGUACUCCAACUGGAUGCAAGGGUGGUCGGACUCCAAGAAGGACUGGUGCUGCUCGCAUGAGCAGAAGGGCUGCGUCAAGUACCACUGCACCGGGGAAGAGGUUUCCUGGCAUGCGGACAAGUCGGAGUGGUGCUGCGCGCACUUCCAGAAGGGCUGCCCCCAUACGACGAUGUCACCGAUGAAGUGCGAGACGCCCUGUGAGAUCCACGGAGAGACAAACACCUGCAAGAACCGCAUCCAUUGGACACGAGACCACGUCUUCGGAGACAAGGAGAACAAAUGCUCUCUUGCCUACAGCAAGGUGCAGGUGGAGUGCGACGUGUGCCGAUCUUGCUCUAUCCAGGAGGCAGGCUGUGAAGUGCACAUCGGGUCGGGCUCGCUGCCCUUCGACUGCAACGCGGCCAUCAACAACUUCUUCAGGGCUUGGUCCCCGGAGAAGAAGCACUGGUGCUGCACCAAGCAGGGAAAGGGCUGCGAGGGCCACCACCCGCCUUCCGUCGAUGCCGGCUACGGCAUGGUCUGGAAGCACGUCCAGGUGAACGGCUACUGGACCUGGACGGCAGUGCACGGCCACGGCCACGCCAGCAUGCCCUACGACUGCCACGCCGGCAUGCACAACUGGCGUACCGGCUGGUCCCCGGGCAAGAAGGGCUGGUGCUGCUCCAACCAACACCUUGGAUGCGAAGGCGGAGCCGCCGCCGGAGGAGGUGUGGCAGGAGGCAGCGUCGUCGUGCACCACGUCGUCCACCACGGCGGUGGCUUUUACAACCACGCGCAUCCCCCGUCCGCUGCGGGCAGCGGCAUGAUGUGGAGCUGGAGCACCGCCGGAGGCGGAGGCGGACACUGGGUGCAAGUCAGCUCGCACGGGCACCUGCCCUUCAACUGCUUGGCUGGCGUCGCCAACUGGCAAGCGGGCUGGUCCCAUCCCAAGCAGGUCUGGUGCUGCAACCACUUCGGCAACUCCUGCGCCUGA